AUGAUCAAUGAUAACAGAAGUUAUUCGAAUGGAAUACCAUCGCAAACGAUUAAUGAAUCGUAUUAUGAUAAACUAUUGGAGGCUCUAGCCCCCGCAUCAUGGCUGGUACCUGUGAAGAGUCACAAGGAGAGUGUGUUGACUAUCGAUGAUACAGUUGUCGAUGAGAACACAAAGAGUCAUUAUAUCAAUGGGUUUCAUGUCGAUCCAGAUUCGUUGAAUUCUGUCAAGAUUGAUGUAUUGGCAUUAAGAUACAUGCAAGGGUUACAACUGUUGGAUGCCACAUGUGGUAUGAUAGAUGUUAGCAAACUUGCGUAUUGGAAACCUUCAUCAAUGAAAGCUGGGAAUCCAAUUUCAAAUGUGAUUGAUGACAAUUUCAAUACCUUUUGGCAAAGUGAUGGCUUACAACCGCACGAAGUGGAAGUGACUUUCAGCAGAAUAAUGAAUGUCUCAAUGAUUGCUAUAUUCACAUCGAUGAUUGCUGAUGAAUCGUACACACCAAGUAGAAUAAAAAUAUACGCAGGCACUUCACCGUUGGAUGCAGUCUUUUACAAAAAAAUAGAGAUCGUUAACAUGAACGGAUGGUUUGUUCUAACAUUUGAAGAUAAUCGAGAGAAUGAUAAGCUAUUGAAAUGUGGAUAUAUACGAUUUAGUUUCCCUGUAAACCACGAGAACGGGAAAGAUACACAUAUAAGAGGAAUGCGCAUAUAUGCACAAUCAACACAAGAACCUUCAGCGACAAAAGAUCUUAGAUUAGAGAUGUCCAACAAUAAGAAACUAUUCACUGAAUUCUCUCUAAGAUGA